UCGGAAAUCAAAAAGCGGAGGGGAUAGCUUUUAUGGAUGCGAAUCGAUGGAUUCUGUAGUUUGUGGUCAGGAGUCGUGGGGAUUUCACCAAGUUUUCAUGACUAAAAUGAGAGUCUUUGAAGGGAAAAAACCCCAAGGAAACAUCCUUUGUCUUUUCCCCUUUCACUUUCUUUUUAUACCUUUUUUUUUCACCCUUUCAUAUUGAUACUAUGUCGUCGUUUGAUACUGCCAAUGAGCGUGUUGGACAGAUAGCCGCCCACUUGGCCAAAGCUGGGUCGUCUCUCACCGACAAAGUAUGCAUUGUCACUGGUGCCAACUCGAUCAAAGGCAUUGGACGCGCUACCGUUUAUGCUCUAGCCAAGCGUGGACCCAAAGUAAUUUUCGCCACUGACCUGAGAGGCGAAAACUUGGAAGAGCUUGCCCGCGACAUUGAAAUGCGAUAUCCAAAUGUCGCUUGUAUUGCACGAGCAUUCGAUGCUGCAUCCACAGAGGGCGUCACGAACAUUGUCGCAGAAGCUAUGGAAAUGUUUGGCCGUCUCGAUGUAUAUUUUGCCAACGCAGGCAUGAGUUUACCGCGCGUGCGACUUGAAGACGCCGACGAGUCGUCUUUUAUGGAGGUCGUGCGAGUGAAUUCCUUGAGCGCGUUUUUGGCUCUCAAAAUUGCGGGCAAGGCAAUGGAAGAAACAGGCAAGGGUGGUAAGGAAAUGUCGGGUGGUUCCAUCAUCUGCACUGCUUCAGUCGCGGGUAUUCGCUCUGGUGCUGGCCCACCAGAAUAUUCGGCAGCAAAGUCGGCUGUGAUCAACUUGUGCCAAACCAGCGCAUACCAAUAUGCUGGCACAAAUGUGCGCACCAACGCUAUUUGCCCGGGCAUCAUUGAAACCGGCAUGACAGUCAAAACGUUCGACUAUGCAAAGUCAAGAGGCUCUUCAAACAAGAUUGGUCAGCUCAAUCCCACCAGAAGAUAUGCUGUCCCAUCAGAGGUUGCUGCGGUUGUUGCUUUCUUGGCUAGUGAAGAGGCAUCUUAUAUCAAUGGACAGGCAAUCGCGGUCGAUGGUGGUCUUUCUGCAAGUCUUCCUGUUGUUCCGGGCCGAUUCAUGUGAAUUGUUAUUGAUUCUACAACUACUCUGGCAUAAUAAAAAGGGGGUUGUUACUGACAAAAUGUGAUAUCACUGCUGGCUUAAAUAACCUUGAGUAAAAGGGAGAGUUUAUGAACCAAGCAAUAUUGGGUCGCUACUGCUUGCGGCGCGCUUUAAGUGACGGGGCGCUGACAGACCCGCCGGGGGCCCUCUUUCCCCGGACGGACAAGCCAAACCACGCUAAGCGGAGAAAAAAUUGUUUUAUUUUUUUGCUUUUCCCGUGUUCUUGACAAGUUUCUUUGAUUCUUUCAACACAUAAAAUGAGCGAUUACAACUCGGGUUACAACUUUGGCAGCGGUGCUUCCGCCGACUUGGUAAAUUGACUUUUUAAAACCUGAAAUGCGACAACACCCAAUGUCUGUAGAAAGAAGAGAG